AUGUCAGCCAGCCUUUUCCCAGCCCGCCAGCGCCCGGCGCUGCUGGAUGAGCUGCAGGGCAGAGCCCCGCAAGUGCCCUGCCCGGAGGGGCUGCUGGGCACCUCGGUGCUGGAUUUCGUGGCCGAUCUCUCCCUGGGCACCCCCCAGGGAGCCCCCGGGGCCGGGGCGGGCCUGGGGCUCUGCGAGAUCACCGCCGGGCCUCCCUUCGGGGACACAGUCCUGUCGCUUCGGGAAGGGAUGGCCCGGGGUUUGCCCCUGGCUGCUUUCGGAAGAGGAGAUCCCGAAGACGAGGAAGAAGAGGAAGAGGAAAGGAUGCGCAGCGCUUCCCUGCUGGACAGACCUAGGAGAAAACGGGUCAUCACCUACGCCCAGCGCCAGGCUGCCAACAUACGGGAGAGGAAGAGGAUGUUCAACCUCAACGAGGCGUUCGAUCAGCUCAGGAAGAAGGUGCCCACCUUCGCCUACGAGAAGAGGCUCUCUCGGAUAGAGACCCUGCGCCUGGCCAUAGUGUACAUCUCCUUCAUGACUGAGCUCCUGGACCGGUGCAGCAGCCAGGAGGCGAGCUAG